AUGUCCACCUCGAACAAAACUUCCUCGCCACGUUCCGGAAAUGGCGCAACCCUGAUUACGGGCGCCUCGCGAGGAAUUGGUCGAUCACUUGCCGCCGAGUUCGCCCGCAACAAGCACGACUUGGUUUUAGUGGCCCGCAGCCGUAAUGAGUUGGAAAGUGUAGCCGAACAGUUGAGGAACGAGUUCGGUGUCCAGGCGACUGUGCUGGUUCACGAUCUAUCGCGACCGGAAUCGCCCCAAGCACUGUUCGAAGAAGUUACGGCCAAGGGAAUCGAAGUCGAGGUCCUGGUCAACAAUGCAGGCUUUGGCAACUGGGGAAGGUUCGCAACAACCGACCUGCCGACCGACGUCGAUCUGAUUGAAGUCAACAUUACAGCACUGACCCAAUUAAUGAAGCUGUUCCUGCAACCGAUGAUCGAUCGCGGGAGCGGUCGGGUGCUGAACGUGGCCUCGACCGGGGCAUUUCAGCCGGGCCCCAUGCUGGCCACGUACUACGCCAGCAAGGCUUACGUGCUCAGCCUUUCCGAGGCAGUCGCCUGCGAACUUCGCAAGACCGGCGUCACGCUCACGUGCCUUUGCCCGGGCGCAACAUCGACCAGUUUCAUGGAUCGGGCCAACAUGAAAAGUCUCCGCCUGUUUCGUUUUGGAUUGAUGGAUGCCGACACCGUGGCUCGCGUAGGCUAUCGUGGGACCAUGGCGGGUCGGGGGAUCGUGAUCCCGGGGAUCGCCAACCGAGUGCUGGCCUUUUCCGUCCGGUUCGCACCGCGGCGGUUCGCCGAUGCUCACUAUCGCUGGUGGAUCAUCGCCGGAUUGAUUCUGGUCUGUGUAGCCCUCUAUGGCCGCACGGUGCAGUACGACUUCAUCAGCUACGACGACCCUUCCUACAUCACACAGAAUCACCUCAUCCAACAAGGCCUUACCUCCGAAGGCAUUCGCAGCGCGUUCACCACUCCCCACUCCUACAACUGGCAUCCACUGACGACGCUCUCGCAUCUCCUCGAUUGCGAACUCUUCGGUGCAGAAGAGGCCGGCGGUCAUCACGGGGUCAAUCUGUUGUUUCAUGCCACAGCGACGGUUGUGCUGUUCGUCGUGCUGCAUCAGAUGACCGGAUCGCUGUGGCCCAGCGCUUUGGUGGCUGCAUUAUUCGCAGUCCAUCCGUUGGGAGUUGAAUCGGUCGCUUGGGUCUCCGAGAGAAAAAAUGUGCUUAGCACGUUCCUCUGGUUCGUGACCAUGGGGGCGUAUCUGCACUACGUGCGACUUCCGAACCUGAGUCGUUACCUUCUGGUCGUGGUCAGUCUUGCCCUGGGGAUGAUGGCCAAGCAGAUGCUGGUCACCCUGCCCUGCGUACUCCUGCUGAUCGACUAUUGGCCGCUCCGACGAAUUCGCUUCGAGGAAAACCCUCGCAAUCGAGUGCAGCCCCCACAGACAAGCCUGUCCUGGCUCAUCGCUGAAAAAGUUCCAUUCCUAGGAAUCAGCCUGGCUGGCAGCGCCUUGGUGCUGUGGGCGCAAGGACACACCCAGAUGUCGCUCGAUUCGUUACCGCUGAUGGCCCGCAUCGAGAACACACUCAUUUCGUACGUUGCCUACCUGGGACAAUUCAUCUGGCCGGUCAAUCUGCUGGUGUACUACCCGCUGCGAACCGCCAACAUGCCGCCGGAAGACAUGACCGGAGCACUCCUACCGCAAGCGGUGCUCAGUGCCCUGGUGCUGAUCGCCGUCUCGUUACUCUGCCUUCGAACGUGGCGAACGCGCCCGUACCUGAUCGUCGGAUGGUUAUGGUAUCUCGGCACACUGGUCCCGGUGAUAGGAAUCGUGCAGGUUGGCAAUCAAUCGAUGGCCGACCGCUAUACCUAUGUGCCGCUGGUCGGCAUUUACAUCAUGAUCGCCUGGACAGCGGCUGAGUUCGUCGCCCGUCGCGAGGUUGGCUACUGGAAAGAUUCCACCACACUGUUCACGUACGUGCUCGAAGUAAACGAAGCCAACGCUGUCGCGCAGCACGCAAUUGCCGAGUCUUUGUACGAGGACAAGAAGUUCGAACAGGCCGAACACCACAUUCGUCGGGCCAUUGAAUUGCGUCCCACCGAGCCGCGCCCUUAUGUCUCGCUGGGCUAUGUCUACUAUCGUCAGCGAAAAUUUGAACAAGCCCUGGAAACUUUCAACCGGGGAAUCGCAAUCGACCCUAGCAGUUCCUUCGCGUACAACGGUCGCGGAUUGGUCUUUCUCUCGGCAGGAGACUUCGCCAAAGCCCAGGCCGAUAUCCAGCGUGCGUUGGACCUUAACCCUCACAACGUGAAUGCCCUGCUCAACAUGCAAUUGGUCCUCGGGCAAUCGGCCUUGCAAGAUGGUAAUCUCGAUCAAGCCGAAACCCACUUUCGGAAAGCCGCCGAACUGGAUGACGAGGAGGAAACCGCGUGGGUAUUUCUCGGAAUGAUCGCCGCCACUCAGAGUCACACCGCAGAAGCCCUGCAGCACUACCGCCAGGCGCUGAAUCAAAACCCCGAUUCGAUCGAGGCCAACAUCAAUCUGGCCAACUUGCUGAUCACCGCCCCCGACAUGGCAAUGCGAAACCCGGCCGAGGCCAUACGCUUCGCCGAUCAUGCGUGCCAGGAAACCAACUACAACCGUCCCGAUUUACUCAACACCCUGGCUGCAGCGUACUACUCCGCGGGCCGAAAUGAAGAGGCAGUUCAGGUGGCCGAGCAUGCCUUGAAACUCCCCGGGCUCACCCCAGCGUUGCGCGACCAGAUGACUCAGAAUCUGAAACUCUUCCGCGCACCGCCCUCGAAUGAGCAGCAGAGGUUGGCAUCGCCCAUCGGACAUACGCUGACUGGCUUGGCCAUAGGUCGCCUUACGCAACCACGCGACUUCCGCGACACCGUCGCUUGGCUGGCGUUUGCCGUUGUGGUCUCGAAUGCACCAGACCUCGACUUCAUCGCCGGCAUUGCGGGCGGGGGUGGAAUCAAUUCGGUCCACCGAGGCCCAAGCCAUUCUAUCUUGGCCGGGGUGGUCUUCUCCUUCGCCAUCGCGUUUGCUCUGGGACACUACUGGAAGCACCGGCAACGAUUGUUCUGGACCUCGCUGACACUCUACGGUUCGCACUUGUUUCUCGACAUGUGCACCCACACAGGCAUUCCCCUGCUGUGGCCAUUUUCCAGCGAGCUGUACAGCUUGCCCGUGUCCAUCUUGGUGGGCAUCGAUCACGGGACCCCCGCCUCUACGGUCGACCACUUCGUCUGGAGUAUCGCUUCGCUAAGAAACCUGGGACCGCUGCUACUCGAGCUCUUGCUGUUUGUCCCUCUGUUCCUGAUCGUCGUUCGAUUACGAGGUUCGGGAUUACCGCGAGAACCAGAUUCGCAAAACACCCUGUCCAGAAAAGACCCUACACCACCCGAGCUUGAUCCCACAGAAUCGCCCAGAGCCGUGAACCAAGCAUCGCCUGGCAAAGUCGAACACGAAUUGAACCCGAAAGACGACAUGAACCUCGAACAACUUCGCGAUCAAGUCAAUCUGCUCCAGCGCCAAGCGAAGUGGACCCAAAUCGCCCUACUAGCGGCCAUCGCCCUCAUCCCUUUGAUCGUGAUCCUGGUGCGAAACUUCUACGGAAGUUCGAUCAGCGCCGAGCAGUUUGUGCUUCACGAUGCAACCGGAACGCCCAGGGCGGCGCUGGUGCUCUACGAAGGCGUCGAGCCGUAUCUGAUCUUCUUCGGCAACGAGGGAGAAGACCGGGCCGUGAUCGGGGUGGACCGAGACGGCAAGCCCUUGAUGGGUCUGCUGGACAAGGACGAAGUGACGCGGGCAGCCAUUCGCUUGGAUCAGGACGAUUUACCAAUCCUCUCCUUGAUUGGACACGAUUCUCGCAACAUCGUCCUCCAAAUCGAUAACGACGGGACGAAGUCGUCUCGCGAAAAUUCAUUUGCGCGAACUCGUCGAUGCCGAAUUGAGACCCUCGAGGAAUUGGUCCCGCUCACUGCGGUACCCACGGGCACGAAUAUCCAGAUUCAAACCCAGAACCAGAACCUCGACCAGAACAAUCCCGAUGUGGCCAAAGACCCGGUCGGCGAUUUCGUAGUGGUGUGGGAACAAGUCACUUCCGCGGGUAAUCGCGAUAUCUUUGCGCGGCAGUUCUUUGCAACCGGAACUCCGAAAGGCGUCGAGUUCGCAGUUGCAACCACCACCCCAGAUCAGUAUUCCCCCCGGGUCGAUAUGGCGGGCGACGGAUCAUUCGUCGUGGUCUGGGAAGAAGUCGACACCGAUGGCGACACUGACAUUUAUUUCCGCCGGUUUAAUUCGGCGGGCAACGCCAUCUCGUUGCCCACAUUGGCCAACCCUGACGAUCUGGUCAAUCAAUCCGAUCCCGACAUCGCCGUCUUCCCCACAGGCACUUUUGUCAUCACCUGGACCAACGCCACCACGGGGACGAACUCCGACAUCCAAUUCCGCCGCUUCGUGUCGAACGGUUCGCCGCUCGAUGCGGCUGCCCGCAAUUUGGCGAAUACCGCGCAGAACGAAACCCAAGGUCGUAUCGCUGCGAACAAGGCGAUUAGCGCCGACCGAUUCAUGGUGGUCUGGACCGAAGCAACCACGCGAGGUGAUACCGAUGUGAUGCGCGACAUGCGAAGCAUCUUCACCGGCAAUACCAUCUCGGGGGCGGGUGUGGUAAGCGACAAUGCGGCCACCCAGAAUUUGAACCACUUCAACCCGUCGGUCGACCUCGAUGUGGUUGGCAACGCCGUGGUGACGUACGCUGAAGAAGUCGCCCUCACGAAUAACAAUCUGUACCUCCGCCGUUACAACAAUCUCGGUGUGGCCCAAACCACCGAUCGCCAAGUUGUCGAAGACCAGGCUGCCGUCGACACCAAGGUGAGUCAGGUCGGUAUCGCCGGCAAUAGCACGUUUGUGGUGACCUACGUCAUCGAGAAUGGUGACGACGGGACCAGCGAUCUCAGCUACCAGCGAUUCGCGGCCGACGGCUCAAAGUUCGCAGGCCCACAAGAAGUUCUGCUGCCUCCCCACGAUCCCGGGAAUCAAACCGUUCCUCAAAUCGCAAUGAACGGGCUGGGCGACUUUACAAUCGUGUGGCAAGACGAUGUAUUCCAGAGUGUGUUUGGCGAUCUGACCUUCGCCCGAAACUUCCGCACUCCUCUGGACACCAUUGGCCUCUACAACCCGGCCAGCGCGACCUUCUUCUUGCGGAACUCCAACACCACGGGCACCGCCGACAUUACGCCCUUCAACCUGGGCACAAUCGGCCCACCCCGCUGGUAUCCCAUAGCCGGCGACUGGGAUGGCGACGGCGUAACCACCAUCGGCGUAUACGAACCCACGGGGGCGACCUUCUUCCUGAAGAAUGCCAAUACCGUGGGUGUGGCAGAUAUCACAAUCAACUUCGGGUCGCCAAACUGGAUUCCGAUCGCCGGCGACUGGGACGGUGACGGCAUCGACACCAUUGGUGCCUACGAUCGUCAGUCGUCAACAUUCUUCCUCCGAAACUCCAACACCACGGGCGUGGCCGACAUCACGGCCAACUACGGACCGACGAACCUCACUUGGACACCGGUUGCGGGCGAUUGGAACGGCGAUGGAAUCGACACCAUCGGGCUGUACAACCCUCAGCGCGGGGUGCCCAGUGUGGGUCGUUUCUUGUUGCGGAACACCAAUACCUCCGGUCAAGCCGAUGUAGCCUUCAACUUCAACUCGCCGAAUCUUCAACCGGUGGUUGGUGACUGGAAUCGCAACGGCGUUGACACAAUCGGCACGUUCAAUCCCGCCACGGCGGUAGUUUCCUUGAGAAACACUAACGACGCCGGUGGUGCCGAUAUCGAAUUCACCUACGGUGCCACCGUUCCUCCGCUUACGGAAAGCUGGAUUCCCAUUGCAGGCGAUUGGAACGGUCCCGGUGCCGCGGGCUUGGUCACUUCGACUGCGGUUCCGUCGAGCGACGCGCCCGAAAGCUUACUCGAUGCGGCACAAUUAGAUUCCAUCGUCACCGAAGCCAUCCAACGAUGGGAAAUCGCCGGUCUGUCUGCUGAGCAGGUAGCCUUGCUGAACCAGGUUUCCAUCGUCGUGGCCGACUUGCCUGGCAACUACGUAGGACUCGCUGAAACCAAUAAAAUCACGCUCGACAGCGACGCCGCCGGGCAUGGUUGGUUCGUCGACCUCACGCCUGGCGAGGACGAAGAGUACACCGAAAUCGCCAGCGAGUUGGUCGCUCGAAGCGAUUCGGGAGCCGCCGGUCGCGUUGACUUGCUCACCACGGUAAGCCAUGAGUUCGGCCAUAUCCUCGGCCUCGACCACACGCACGAUGCUCCUUCGGACGUGAUGAUCGACACGCUCCUGCCCGGGAUCCGUCGACUCCCCGAUGCAGCCGCCAUCGAUCGUCUGCUGGGUUAG